GGCUAAGCGGCCCCCAGCAGAGACAGGACCCCGCCCACUUCCCUGCGCGGGAUCAGCCCCGCCCCAGCGCGCGAGCCAGAGCCAGGCACGUACUUCUCCGAACCAGCGAGCACCGAUCCCAGCGAGCAACGCGCGGGCACGGCGCUCUCGGUGCACUGCACGCUGGGAGUUGUAGUCCCCGGGAGCUGCAUUCCCCCCUCUCCCCUACGCGCUCUCGGCCUGGAGUCGCCCUUCGCUCUGCCCCCCCCGCCCCGGUGACUAAGUUUGGCCCCCGCCCGGUCAUGCGGAGGCUGCUAUCGACUUUCCGAUUCCAUCUCGCCCGGCUAUUGGCGGCGGCGGCAGCCGAGCUCCCCGCCCCGGGACACAGGGCACCGCCGCCUGGCUGGGGGGAGCGGCGGGCAGCGGCGGCCGCCUGGACGCUGGGCUCGGGUCACUCCAUGGCGCAGUGCGGGGGCGGCGCAGCGCCCCCACCCUCCCCGGAGGAGGCGCAGGGGUCGUGGGCAGCCGCCGGGGACCCUCCCCCCAGAGCCGGCGAGUUCCUGGAAUACGAUGGGCUGGAAAAUGUGCAGGAAAAAAAAAUCAUUCGAAAGAAAAAGAAAAGAACAAAAAUAAGAAAAGGGUCACAAACUCCUCCUGACUCUAUGGAUUAUUUGAUGGCAGAAAUACCACUUGCCAGUACAGAUACUGGAUAUGAAUUUGGCACUACUAGUACAUUUGAAAUAUGUUUUAAAAAGAGGAGAAAAAGAACUACUAGAAGUAAGACUGAAGAUGACGAUCAAACAAAGAAGAAAAAGCAGUAUCAGCCAAACUAUUUCAUCUCUCUUCCAAUUACAAACCCAAAGAUUACAAGAGGUAUUCAGGCUGUCCAAGACACAGUAGUACAAAAGGAUCACAGGCUUUCCCAAGCAAUGGUUCGUUAUGGCUCCUUACAUGUCACCCUGUUAGUGAUGCAUUUAUCCAGUGAAGAAGAAGUUGGCACAGCAGUUGGUGCUCUUUUAGAAAGCAAAGAUGCAGUAGAAGAACUCCUACAAGGAAAACAUUUGGAUUUAUCAUUUCAAGGAAUUGAUGAUUUUAGAAAUGAAGUUGUAUUUGUGAAGUUUGCAGCGAGUGACCAUACAGCCGCACUUACGGAGAUAUCAGAGACCAUGAAGAAGAUAUUUCAAGAAAAGGGCAUCUUGGCAGGAGAAAACAGAGCUUUUAAACCUCACUUGACCUUCAUGAAGCUGUCAAAAUCACCAUGGCUACGUAAGCAGGUGAGAAAAAUUGACCCGCACCUGUAUGAGAAUUUUAAAAGCCACUAUUUUGGAGAUGAAACGCUGUACCGCCUAGAUCUUUGCUCCAUGUUGAAAAAAAAGCAACCCAAUGGCUACUACCACUGUGAGUCCUCUAUCACAGUUGGUGAAAAGAAUGGGGCAGAGCCAGAUGAUGCGGAAUUGGUGAGCCUCAGCAAAAAGCUGGUGGAGAACGCAGUCCUCAAGGCUGUACAGCAGUAUCUAGAAGAAACUCAAAACAAAAACAGACAGACAGAUGGAAGCCCAGUGAAAACUGAGGAAGCAGCUAGUGGCAAUAAGAAUGAAAAAUUAUAGUGAUAACAGAAAGUGAGCGCUGUGAGAAUGCCAAGGAAGCACAAAUCCACCAAGAAUAACCAUCAAAACAUGUCCCAGCUGCCUGUUCAGAUCUGCUAAAUUAUGCUGGCUGACUUGCAUUAUGCUUUGUGAACGUCUCUUACCAGAAAUGUGUUCUGAAUCGAGGGGCACUAACAAACACUUUCUUGAAAAGCGUUUGCAUUGCCGAAAAACGACUGAAUGCUGGGAAAGAUGAUUGGGGGAAAAAAAGACAAGAUUUUGAAAUAAAAAGAUCGAACUUUCACAAGCUCUUAACUACAGAGAAUCUCUUCAUAGCUUUCGAAGAGGAACUGAACCCCUUGUGUAUGCCUUUUGCACCGAAAUGAAUGGCCAUGGAACAACGCCCUGCCAUAAAUGAAAACUAUGCGAGCUACAUUGUUUGGCAGAGCUGCAUAACUGCUCAAUUGAUCUGCAGCAGAGAACUCCACAUUCUGCUGCAAAGCUAAGGGCAGGCAAUGCUAAACUAAAAAAGUUACUAGAGAUGUUUAUCACAGAUACUAUUACACAGUAGGUAAUAUCAUGGGAGUUUCUCUUGAAUGAGACACUACGAAGUGUUCUUCACUUUUCAGUAAAGUUUGUUCACAAAUUAUAUUUUUUGACAAAACACUACCUUUUUAUAUACAAUGAACAUGGGUGAAAUUCUAAGUACUUAAAGAAAACACAUGCCUGUUUUGAUACAUUAAUGCCAUACUUUAAUAUUUAGAAAUGACAG